AACAUGUAGAAACCGACUUCUACAGAUUUACUGUAAAUCUAAAACAUGUAAAAAUCAAAAUCUACAUAUUACUAUAAUUCUAAAAAUCUGUAGAAAUCGAUUUCUACAGAUUAGAUGUAUUCUACGGAUAAGAAAUCAGUUCUUAAAAAUAUGGAAUCAAAAUAUUUGUGAAUAUUCACUUUCAUAUUUUGAAAAAAAUGACUUUUUUUAUAAAAAAAAACAAAAAAAAAACAAAAAAAAACAAAAAAUUACAACUUUAAGGGCUUUAUUGCCAUUUUAAAAUAAUUAGCGUAAUGAGACAUAAAAUAUAUGAGAUUAGUCUAAAGAGAUAUAAUUAUCAUUUUUUUGCUCUAAAAAAACAAUUUUCCCAAUAUAUUUUGAAGAUCCAAGGUCAAGCACUGCACCAUCAGAGAAAGUAGUAAAUUACAGUGUGCUGAUGACGAUUUUCAAAAACACUUUUAUGACACAAAGUCGUCAUCAGCACACUGUAAUUUACUACUUUCAAACAAUAUACAUCUUUAUCCUGUUUAAUCAAAAUGUAAUAUAAUACUAAACACGAAGUUUCAUAAAAUCUGAUUGAGCUCUUCUCAUAAUCUUUGACGAAUCUCGUGCUAUGACUGAAUACUAUUAUUUAUUAAAAGGAUUAUGAGUGAUUACUGGUGUUAAUAGAUAAGGCAUAUAAGUAAGAAGGUUAUCACUGAUGAAGAACGCACCUAAGAAAUAAAGCAAUAUGGGGGCGGCGAUAAGACUGAUGAUGUCUAAGUCGUGUUAGACCAAUAUUAUAACAAGUCACCAACUACUUCUACGUCAUUUGGAUCGGUUCUCCACAUCGCACACCCCACGCCGUACAUAAAAUUAAUUACUUUCAAGUGAGCAAUAUUUUGGUCUCUCAUGUAUUUUCCAGCACAUAGAUAUCUAAGACAAACUUUGUUUACUGUCUGUGUAUUUAUGAAGAUCAUGACUCAUGAGUUUGAUUACCUAUUCAAAAUGUUCUGAUUUCUUUGGAAGAAAGUAGGUGUGUAAGUCUCAUAACUUUCUGGAUGGGUUAUUAACAAACACAAAUUAUAAAACUGUACGUGAGUUGGUUAGUAUAAAUAGUAAUUUUGAUUUGGUUUUGGAAACAUAUUUGAAUUCAAUUUUUAAUCAAGCAUUCAGAUUUCAGCAUUGAUUUUAAAUGCACAUACAUAUGUACUGAGUGUUACCUUUAUCCCUAUUGAUCCAAAAAAUAAGUAACUAUCAACACAAACUCUAACCAGUCAGGCAGUCAUUACUUUCGAUGAUAACAAUUUUAAUCAUAAAUGAAUUUUAAAAUCAAAUAACAUUUGGAACAAGAAUAUAUAACAUGGUUUAGAGUUUACGGAAACGUAUGGAUUUCGAUCCAAAAUAUUUUAGUUAAAAAACACAAAUAAUAAAUUUGUAUAAUAUACACAAUAAAAUUGAACCUUUUGCAAGUGCAUGAAUUUCACACAAAUUGUAUCUGUCCUGACGCGAGUGUGAAAGACACUAUUGUUGACAAUUGUCUUUUUGUCACUCGAAAUGUGAAAGACAUUAUUCUUGACUAGUUCAGAAAUUAGGAAGUCUUCUGCUGGACUUGAUUGUUGACAAUUAUCUUUUCUUUUUAUUUUUGGAUGUUCUUAACAUCAAAUGUUGCCAUAUAUCUGAGUGCCUAACAGAAAAAAAAAACAUCAUUACUAGAAAUAUUAUGCUUAAGACCAUUUUUACGACAACAAUGCAAUUUAGGCGAAAUUACAUGAAUUGGUAAUUGAAAAGACUACUAGCAUAGAAACAACUCUUUUACUUUCAUAACUUACUCUAGGUUUGUUAUAUGUGAAGAAAAUGAAUCAAAUGAGAGAUAAUGAUAAAACAUAGCGUGCGUUCGACCUUGGAAUAAAUAUGUGUGUCCACGGCACUAGAACUAUUGUGUUUAAUUUGUUCGGUAUGUAAAGAUCAUGUACAAAUUUACAGAUUUCUGUUUUUUUGGUACUUCUAGACUUCUACUUGAUACGGUAAUGACAUUGCAUUUUAGGAUCUGGCAACUUGCAUGUUACACUAACAUAUAUAGUCUCUCUCUCUGUUCUGUUAAAAUAAAUAUUUUAGAAAAAAUGUUUUAUAAACUAGAUUUUUUAAUAUAUUUUCUAUAGAUCAAAUUGUAUUAUUUAAAAAAUUAAUUGAGUUUAUUGAGUUAUUAUUGAUUCAAAGUUAUUAAAAAUUGUAAAAAUAAAUGUACGUUUAUGAUAGUGAUUUAAUGUAUUUUUUCUUAAUGUAAGAAAACACUAUAAAAAUUAUCUUUAGAAACCAAUGUAGUAUGUUAUAACCAUUCUGAAGAAAAAAGAGAUAAUUUGUUUGAGUAAGCGAAAGUUAUUUUGAAGAUUUUGAUUUUAUUAAAAAAAAUAUGAUGUACAUGUUUGUGAGGCAAAAAUAACAAUAAAUAACAUACAUGAAAAAAUAUUAAUUUAUUGGAGAUUAUGUAUAGACAAGAAGUCAUAUACAAAUUGUUUCAGUAUAUAAGUUGGCAAUAAAUACUAUUUUCAUCAGUUACGUGUUUGAAAAGAAAAUUUCCAUCGCAAAUAUUGUAAUGCAUUAUACAUUUUAAAAAUACUAAAACAACAUAAUUUUAGUUUUAUUUUAUUUAGGGUUUCGUACCAGAACCCGAUAUCCUGUUUAAAUGUAUAAUGCCCUUUCGGGAGAAUUAAUGAAACUUUUCAAAUUAAUAAAAAAAGAACCCGAUAUCUUCUUCACCUUCGGUAUCUUUAUACCCUUAUAUAAGAGAGAUGAUAACCACCACAAUCAUAACCACUCAUUCAAAAAUAUAACUAUUGCUCCUACUUGAAAAAGAGCUUAAAAAAAAACUAUUGCUCCUACUUUUAUCUCCCCAUAUCUUCCUCUUGCUAUAAAUAUAUAAUCAGGCCAAAAUAGACUUUUUGUUAAAAAAGAUUGUUGAUUUUUAAAUUAUCAGGAUGGAGGAAGUGAAGAAGAUUAGUUGUAUGAAGAAGGCAAUGCCAUUUAUUUUAGUGAUAUUGUUACAAGUAGGGCUAGCAGGAAUGGACAUUCUCACAAAGGCUGUCCUAAACGAAGGCAUGAGCAAUUACGUUCUCGUGGUUUACCGUCAUGGCGUUGCUGCCAUCGUUAUGGCCCCGUUCGCUUUCUAUUUCGACAAGUACUUUUCUAUAUCCCUUUCUUUCUCAAAACACAAUUCAAUGUUUGGUUUAGUUUGAAGAUGCAAUUGUUCAUUCAUAUUUGCGUUUUUAAUAUGUAAACGCAAAGUAAUCGUCGUGUACACCAACCUUGGCUUUAGUUCGGUUCAAAUUGGUAACCGAGUCUGCAUUACUAUAUCUUUUCUUCCACAAAACGAUUUAUUAAGUACAUAAAAAGAUCAUAAUAUAUAUGAUAUUGAGUUUCUUUAAUUGGGUGGUGUUUAGAUGUUUACUGUGUUGAAAAAAAAGAAAGUAUCAAAAAGAUAGAAUGAGGGGUUGACCGUAAAAAUAUGACAAAAGGGGUCUCUCGUUAAAGUCCAAAACAUUUGUCAGGGAAUGAUAAAAUGAAUUUCUGUGGUUCUGUCAAUGUCAUGCAUUGUACUUUAGUCAAAAGCUGUUCUAUACGGUAUAUGUUUUUACCCAAUUUGGUUUUUCUAAAUAUUUAAUAUUUAAUUAGGUGAUUCGUAAAUAACAUUUUCUUUACUUUGUUGACAUGGUUCUCAUACGAGCGCACAAGUCCGUAAUAAGGACAACAAAUAGUUAAAGUCCAGUAUGGUGAUGCACUUAGACCAUCUCCCAUGGUCCAUCAUUUUGAGAGAAAUAUUAAGAAAAUGAAAGAAACAACAUUUUUUUUCAAUGGGCGGCCAGACCUAAGAUGACACCGAUGAUAUUUUUCAAGAUAACACUCCUUGGCUUAUUCGAACCCGUAAUAGACCAGAACCUAUUUUGUCUUGGGAUGAAAUACACGACAGCUACAUUUGCAACCGCCUUGUACAACACCUUACCCGCAGUUACUUUCGUCCUGGCCUUAAUAGUAAGGCUUGAAAAAGUGAAGCUUCGGAGUAUCAGGAGUGCUAGCAAAGUAAUUGGAACCAUGACUUCAGUGGGAGGAACCAUGAUUAUGACACUUGUCAAAGGUCCAGCUCUCGACCUCUUUUGGACCAAAGGACCCUCAGCACAGAACACAACCGGGACCGAUAUUCACAGUUCCAUCAAAGGCGCAAUUUUGGUCACAAUUGGUUGUUUCAGCUAUGCAUGUUUCUUUAUUCUCUAUGCGAUCACGUUGAAGACUUAUCCGACCGAGCUCUCACUCACAGCAUGGAUAUGCCUAAUGGGGACAUUAGAGGGAGCAGCUGUGGCAUUAGUCAUGGAGAGAGGAAAUCCAGGUGCAUGGGCCAUUGGUUGGGAUAACAAACUUCUUACCGUCACAUAUAGUGGGAUAGUGUGCUCAGCGCUUGGUUACUACAUUGGAGGACUGGUGAUGAAAACUAGAGGUCCUGUCUUUGUAACAGCUUUUAGUCCUCUUUGUAUGAUUGUAGUAGCGUUUAUGUCGAGCAUCAUCUUUGCUGAGCAGAUGUAUCUUGGAAGGGCUCUUGGUGCGGCAGUUAUAUGUGCAGGACUAUACCUUGUGAUAUGGGGUAAAGGAAAUGAUUACAAAGAUGCUUCCACAAACCCAACACAAACAAAACUAGAAAUAAUCGGUAACGAGAAAGACAAUGUUGGUCAUGAAAUCAUCAAUAUGAGGAAGGAAGGAGAACAAAGAAUAGUUGUAGAAACAGUCUAGCUCAACAUUAUUAACCCAAAUGUAUUAUAUGGAACAACAGAUUUUCAUAAGUUGAGAUUCUUUUGAAAAUUAAUAGUUUUAAUUUCCUUGUUUUUUGCUCAAAAAGAUAAAAGAUUUCCUUGUUUAUUUUGUUACAAAAAAAAUCCUUGUUUAUUUACUUUUUUCAAAGAUAUCUCCUAGACAUUAUUUACCAAGUGAUUUGUAUAUGUGUCAUCAUUAUAAUCACUCUAAAACAAAUAAUGACAUGGCUAACAAACAAAUGUGACAUGGAUCUUUCUUAUUUAUAACAUGGCAUAAAAUUAAUUGUGACAUAAUUCAAUUAUAUAAAUAAAAAUCUAAGAUAGUAAGUAUAUAGCCUUUACCGUAUUUAUAAAACAUAAAUAAAUAAUUGAAAUAUUAGAUAUGAUUUAUUAUAAACUUGCAAAAU